GCAGAAGAUCCGAGGCUGUGGUGAUCAAUGUACCGCAGCGCAUUGUCCCGGCUGUCGAAUGGCGUGGCGUCGCGGCGGCAUCUGCCAGCCGCCCUUCGCCCAGCCUUCACUCGCGGCAUGGCGGAUGUGGACGACAAGAGCCUCGAGGGUCGGUAUGCCAACGCCCUCUUCCAGGCGGCGAGCAGAAAGAAGAUCCUCGACAAGGUGUUCGGGGACCUGGAGCAGAUCCGCGACUCCAUAGCAGAGUCCAAGGAGUUCAAGCUGUUCGUCGAGACGCCCGGCAUCCCCACAGACAUCAAGGGCACCGUGUUCGGAUCCAUCGCACAGAAGGUAGUCGUCGGUAGUGGCUGGAAGAUCUCGGUGAGUGAUGUGUGUGUGUUGGGUGUGUGUUGGUCAGUAUCAGUUUCAGGAUGUGACGGUGAAUUUCCUGAAGGUGCUGAUGGAGAACCGUCGAGUGGGGAUGCUGCAGAAGGUCAUCGACGUGUUUGAGGACUUCUUCAGAGCCCACAAGGGAGAGGUCAAGUGCAAAGUCACAUCAGCUAAGGUGGGUGCGGCACGCAGCGCCGGCCGACACAGACAGAGGACACACUGCGUCUGUCUGUCUAUGUGUCUUUGCUGCAGCCGCUGUCAGCAGCUGAGAGCAAGGAGAUCGAGGCCGCCCUUAAGAAGCGCGCUGGAAAGGACGCCAAACUCAUAAUGGAGUGGAACACAUCACCAGCCAUCAUGGUAAAUGAUCUCUCUCACACGCACAUACACACACACACACACGCACGAAGGCAGCCGCUCUCUCUCUUUCCCCCGUGUGUCUGUGGUCCGCAGGGUGGCCUGGUGGUCAAGUUGGGCGACCAGGUGUUGGAUUUUUCCGUGCAGAGCAAAAUAGAGAGGCUGCAGUCACAGCUCAUGAACCCUGUGUGACUCUGCCUGCUCGCUGGUUUGAGUGAGACGGUGCGAGCGACCGACCGAGUUAAGAGAGAGAUGGGGCUCUUGGUUUUGUUUUGCAGCG